AAACACUCAAAUACCUUCAAAUCCUUGCCUACCCAACACAAAACCUCAAGCUUUUCACUUCAAUUUGUGUGGGAUCUGCUAUAUUUUUGGUGUGGCUGUUGGGAUUUCUCUCUCAUGGCUUCAAGAAGGGCUGGAAGUAAAAGGAAACAAGUGGGUAGUUCUAGCAUCGGUGGUCAAGCUCAAGAAGAAGAAGAUAUAUCUGAAGGAGGAGAUGAUGAGUUUCUAGAUGUGAAUCAUGCCUUAGUUAGAGCCACAAUUGCCCCUAAUUGCACUGAAAAUCAAAUUAAAGUGGGGUCUCUUACACCAAAGAAUAGAGCAUUGCAGUGGAUUAUAUCUCGCAUUAUUGCUCAGAGGAAGGGUUCUAAAUCUUAUGUUCUUGCCAGUGAUCUUCCCUAGUUCGACUAUCUUCUUAACAGAAAAAGGCCAUGAGUUCCUCUCUUCAGCUCUAAAUUGGUUUGGGUUCACUCUAAUUGCUUUCGUUUCUGUCAAUUUCGUGCUAGUUCUCUACGAAUUUCCGCCCCUGCCAUACCUGCCAGAUCUGGUUUUUGCUUGCUAGAAAUUCCGGUAGUGAUGCCCGACACAUAGGGAACCGGGGGAGUGACGAGCUAGACGGUUAGACAUUAUUUUGGGACUUAGAUCUUUUGGAGUUAGGCCGCGAGUCUCUCAUGGAUGACCAUUUUUGUGUACAGAGUUUUCUUGGUCAUAGCCAUGAUCGUUAUAAACUUUUGUAUAUCUGGAAUAGUAAAUUUUUGGUAAUGGAAAGUUAGAUAUUACUUGAGUUUUAGAUUUGAAUUAUUCAAUUUGGAAAUUAACUUAGUAAGUUCCA